CACUGACCCCUACGAGAUGCCCUUGAAGGUUAAGUAGCCACAGCUCCCAGCUAAUCCCGGUAAUCUGCGGCUGCUGACUGAGGGCUCGUGCUCCCGGCACACCGGUCUCCGGAUGCCCAGGGUCUGCUUUUCCUCUGUGCAGCAGCCUCUGGAAGAGCCAUGUGCCUGCUCAUGUGUGUGUGCAUUGUGCUUGGCUUGUUGCGGGGAGCGAGCUCUCCAUGUCCCCCUCAGUGUUCCUGUGAUUAUCACGGCAGGAAUGAUGGCUCAGGAUCCAGGUCUGUGCUGUGUAAUGAUCUGGACAUGAACGAAGUCCCCACCAACCUCCCAGCGGACACGGCGAAGCUCCGCAUCGAGAGGACGGUGGUCCGCAGUGUCCCCGCCGAGGCCUUCUACUACCUGCUGGAGCUGCGCUACCUGUGGCUGGCGUACAACGCCCUGGCCAGUGUGGAGCCCAGCAGCUUCUACAACCUGAAGGGGCUGCACGAGCUGCGCUUGGACGGGAACGCGCUGGCCGCCUUCCCCUGGGCCUCGCUGGCCGACAUGCCCCGCCUGAAGACCCUGGACCUGCGCAAUAACCGGAUCACCAGCGUGCCCAGCGAGGCGGGCAGGUAUCUCAAGAACAUCGCCUACUUGGAUCUGUCGAGCAACAGACUCGGCACGCUGCCGCCAGACUUCCUGGAGAGCUGGCCGCACUGGGCUCGGCCGCCUCCCAGAAGCCCCGACUUUUCACCAGGGAGAGUGAUCCUCGGCCUGCAGGACAACCCCUGGCUGUGUGACUGCCGCCUCUCCAGGGCUUUGGAGCUGGCCAAGGCUGCGGACCCCGCCCUGGUGCUUCUCGACCCCCUUCUGGUCUGCAGUGGGCCAGAGCGCCUCGUGGGGAUCCCGUUUCAGCGGGCGGAGCUGGAGCAGUGUCUGAAGCCUGUGGUGAUGGCCUCAGCCACCAGGAUCACGUCCACCCUGGGCAGUAACGUCCUGCUGCGGUGUGACGCCACGGGCUUCCCCACCCCGCAGCUCACAUGGACGAGGGACGGCUGGCCUGUCAAUGACACAGUAAUCCAGGAAUCUCCAGGAGACGGAGUCAGAUGGUCCAUCGUGAGCCUGGCAGGCAUUUCUUACGAGGAUGCUGGGGAUUACAAAUGCGGGGCCAAAAAUUUGGCUGGGAUGUCGGAAGCCGUGGUGACCGUGACCGUCGUUGGUGCUGCCACAACCGCCCCGUCACCAGGCACUUCUGUCGGCAGGAAGGGAGGUCACCCUGGGCAGCAGGUCCAGCAGGGAUCUGGGCCACCGAGGUCCACACACGCACCACUGUCGCCUCCCCAGUCCGCUGUCCCCUCCCCUCCCACUUCUGUUCCUGCGUCCACUUUCUCUCCCCCCUCCUCUGUCUCCUCCUUGUCUCCCUUCUUCUCCAUGGCUUCCGUAACAACCCUGGGAAGCGGCAUUUCCUCAGCCGCGGCCGGGGCCGGCCGGCCUUCCCUGCAGCUGCCCACGGAUGGGAGAAGCAGCUUGGAGGCGGGUUUGAAGGCAAGUGAGCGCCCCCCGGCCGGUGCCCACAGGAGAGAGGAGCUGGCCCUCCGGGGACGCGCCCCCAAGGAGACAGAUGCCACCGUAGAGGACCUGAGGGUGGUCAGCGAGACGGAAGACAGCGUGACCCUGACGUGGCGUACUGGCAACGCCACGCGGCCCUCUGAGUUGACCGUGCUGUACUGCAAGUAUGGCGAGAAGGACCUGAUGCAGCUGCACGCGGACGCUAGCGACAACCAAGCCACCAUAGAGGGCUUGGAGCCCGGCAGGCAGUACGUGGUGUGCGUGUGUCCCAGGGGAGCGCCUGCCCAGAGUGACCAGUGCGUCACCUUUGCCACCGACAGAGCAGAGGACCGUGACUCCCACUGGGUUUUCCUCAUGGUGGUGACUGCUGCUGCCUGUGCUGUUGCAGGGCCAUUGAUUUGUUUUUUACUGUAUAAAGUUUGCAAACUGCAGUGUAGCUCAGAAUCUUUCUGGGACGAUGAUUUGGUCGGAGAGACCUACGUCCGGUUUGAGACGCUGUCACCCAGGUCUUUGAGCACAGGGGAGCACUGGGCACGAAGUCACAGAGAGGAUUCAGAGAAACUGCUGCUGUGCUCUAGGGCGAGUGUGGGCUUGCAGGCAGCUUUCAAAAGCGAGGGCCGCAGACCAGAGUACUAUUGCUGAGGUCUGCGGCUGGGUGCUCCCAGGGCUCAGGUGACCCCAUUUGGGGGGCUUUUGGACAAGCUUUCAUACCCUACACGAAAAACACAAAUGGAGUGUUUUUCAAGAAAAUAUCGUGACACUUCAGAACUGAAAAGAGAAUGAUUUCUCUUGCGUGGAGGAGUCCAAAGAAAUAAUUUCUAGAGUGGUGCUUCAUAAAUUGUCAAUGAUUUUUAGGCUAAUUCUUAAAAAUAAGCUCAUGGGAAGAUAGUUACAGCAAGUGGGCUUUGCAGUUUAAAACCAGUGGACAGUGGAGAAAGAGUAGAAUAAGCGGCCAAGCCUGGAUGUUCGCUAGCGAGCCCAGUGCUCUGCAGAGGUCGCUGCAGAUGUUGGUUGCCGCUGCCUGGGACAAACGUGGAGCCAUGAAGAGCUCAGUGUUUGCAGGGGUCUAAGUGCAUCUGAUGCAGAGGGGCGGGUCUGUGUCUGUGGAUCGUUGUGCAUUGUGACCCCAGACAGUCAUGUUCAUAGUUCAUGUCAAAACAUUUUUACAUGCCCUAGAAAUAUGGGUGUAAGUGAAAAUGAGAUUAAAAAGCUGAAUCUGUUAUGCCUCAUAUAUAGGAUAUACAUACUUUUAACACAUGCUGAGAGUUGUGUUAAAUGCGAAGUAAUGUGCUAGUUUUAAAACAAUAUCUUUCAUAUUUUGAUAUUUGUUCUUUUUUCCCUCUUUGUCUUUACCCUCUUUCUUUCCUCUUCUUUUUCUUUUUCUUCAAUUUCUUUGGUCAGAAGAUGUACAGAAAGCCAAAGGACUGCAAGCUAAGCUGUGUUUUUUUUUUUUUUUUCCUUUGCCACAUUGUAUUUUGACUCUAUAGGCAAAGAUAAUGCCUCUGAAAUGACUAACUACCCUUUGAAAGUCUUUUUUUAAGAUCCCUAAAGGUUAUUUUAGGAGUUUGAAAGACAAACUCCAGUGGAUUCAUUUGGUCAAGAUUUUAUCCUGGGUUGAAAACAUCAGGGGAAAUGGAGGAGGUUAAUGAGCACCGAGGAGAGAGGUCCAUAGGUCUAUUCAGGUUUUUUCUAAAGAGGCUUUUGUUGGCUGUGGGAGACUGUAAGAUCGCAGCCAGUAAGAGUGACGGGAGGCAGGUGGCCUCUGGAGCAUCACAGGGUGAUGUGUGGGGUGACCACCUGGGGCUGCGGAGGCCAAGCCACCUCGGCACAGAGGCCGCUGUCGGAAACCUUAGGAUGAGCCAAAGCUUGCGAGAGCUGAAACCCUCUCUAUGGAAACAGCCAGCAAGUGGCGGAGACCAGACCCCGGGGACCCAGAGGGGAAGGUGCCAUAGCCCCAGGUGUGUUCUCUGGCUCCAGACCCUCGCCGGCGCCACCCCGGACUCCCCACCCACCCCAUCCCUUCCUUGCCUCUGGUCUGCGUCCCUAGCAGGGCCAAGCAAACUCCCUGGGCAUCAG